GGAGAGUAGGGUUGUUUCACUUUUUCCACCCAUCACUACAUCUCGUCUCAUACUCCAGUUUUCAACAGAAAAAGGAAAAACUCUCAUCUGAUAGCCUCCGGGUGGUGCUCCUCAAAGUUGAGAUUUCAUUGAGAUGGAUGUUCUGGUAUACUAGUUCUUGGUCAAGAUGGAGGAUCCAGAUGCUGCAUCUGCAUCCGCUCUGGCGGCCAUGGCAGAUCCUGAUGACGCUUCUCUUGAAGCAGCGAUGCAAGCUCCGAUUACUGUUGGGAUGGGACCCGUCGGCCCCCUCCUCCGGAAACUCCAUCGACAGAGUCGGGCGCCAGAUCUGCUAGGUGCGGAAGAUGUUCAUCUUCUCAAGAUUUUAUGCAUCUGGCUGAAGGGUAUGUCGGAGGAGGAAGAGGCUACCUGCCUGGUCCAGUGGUGGAUGAAGAUGGCUCGGGAACUUUGUUAUGACACGGAUGAUCACCUGGACGAGAUCAUCGCCACCGGCGCUCGUGCUGCCGACUCAAGACUACUUACUCGUGUCAAGGAUGCGUGUGAAAGACACCUGCGUUUCAAGUUGUCUCCUACAAAGGCUAUCAAACCAGGUGACCGGGGGGAAUCCUCCCUCGAGCAGCCGCCGGUUCCCCUCCCUGUCCAUCUGGAGCCGCCAAAGAGUCUUGUCGAGAUGCUGGCUUUAGACGACGCCGAGAACACACUCAAGGUGAUACCUAUACUUGGAUGUGCAGGCGUUGGAAAGACAACAGCUGCCAGAGCCUUGUAUCACAAACAUGCAGGGAAAUUUCAGUGCCGUGCUUUUCUAACUGUGUCCCGGAAUCCAGAUAUGAGGGGGUUUCUCACCAGCAUACUCAAACAACUCAAGGCACAACGGCCAGGUCGCUUUCCUGAUGUACCGGACCUUAUCGAUGCUAUCAGCGAUUAUCUCCAAGGCAAAAGGUACUUUAUCGUAAUUGACGAUAUAUGGACUGCAUCAGUAUGGAAUGUUAUCUGGCUUGCUUUUCCUCGUGAUGAUUCUUGCAGCCGAAUAAUAACAACUACAGAGAUUGAAGAUGUAGCAUUGGCAUGCAGUGGUUAUUACUCAGAAUGUGUAUAUAAGAUGGAACCUCUUGAUGAUAACGAAUCCAGAAAGUUAUUUUUCAGUAGAGUGUUUAGCCCUGAAGAUGAUUGUCCAAAACAUAUCAAAGAAGUUUCAGAUGUGAUUGUAAAGUGUGGUGGUUUGCCAUUAGCUAUUGUAAAUAUAGCCAGUCUGCUAGCAUAUGAGUCAAAAACCGUAGCAGAAAAAUGGAAACACAUACAUGAUUCUUUGACUUCCACUUCGGUGGGGAUGGAAAAUGUUCUCAACCUUAUGUACAAUAGUCUCCCAUCUCGAUUGAGGACAUUCUUGCUAUAUCUUAGCAUGUAUGCACAGGACUAUGUGAUCAAGAAGGAUGAGUUGGUGAAGCACUGGGUAGCCGAAAGCUUUCUUAGAGCUGUGGAAGGGCAAGACAUAGAAGAAAUUGCUGAGGGUUAUUUUAAUGAGCUUGUCAGCAGAGGAAUGGUCCAAGCCGUGGACACCGGUUAUAACGGCGAGGUCUUGUCAUGUUCAGUUCACCAGAUUGUACUGGAUUUCAUUAGGCGCAAAUCCAGGGAGGAAAAUUUUGCCAUCACUGUGGACUAUGAUCAAUCAACUCUAGCACUUCCUGAGAAAGUUCGCCGAUUGUCUGUCCAGUUUGGAGGGGUAAAAGGUGCAUGCAUACCGGAAAGCAUCGUAACAUCCCAUGUUCGAUCGCUUAUAUUUUGGGGUUUCAUCAAGUGUGUGCCUUGCAUUAUGGAUUAUGGACUUCUUCGGGUUCUGAUUCUUCAUAUUUGGGCUGACGAAGACAACGAGAGUUUUGACCUCAGUGGAAUUGGUAAGCUAUUUCUUCUCAAGUAUCUCAAGAUCGAAUGUAAUAUCACUGUCAAACUCCCAGGCAAUAUUAACGGGCUCCGAUACUUGGAGACACUGGAAGUACAUGCAGAAUUAUCUGCUGUUCCUGAUGGUAUUUUUUAUCUGGAGAGAUUGCAGCACAUCCGCAUUCCGAGCAAGUCUAUUCUACCCCACGGAGUUGGCCAAAUGACAUCUCUUCGCACUCUGGGGUAUAUUUAUCUCGGCAAUUACUUGGAAGAAAAUGGCCGCACUUUUGAAAGGCUUACUAAUCUCCAGGAUCUUCAGCUCACAUGUUCUACAGUACAGCCAGCAGAAAAUAUGGAAAAGAAUGUGCAACUCCUAGGCUCGAUUCUUGAGAAACACAGAGUAUUGCAGUCCGUAUCUCUAGUGCCAGCUGCUUCAUUCUCCUCUUAUAUUCGUCGGGAUGAUGCUCGGCCCUUGUGUGAUGGCUUCUGCAUCGUUUCUCCUCCACCGGCCCUCCGAAGACUUGAGCUGUCGCGGCACUGUUGGAUCUUCUCCAGCCUACACGACUGGAUUGGAGAUUUUGUCAACCUCUGUAUUUUAAAGAUUGCAGUUGGCGGGCUGUCGAGGGAGGAUACUGAUGUCCUGAAACGACUGCCUGCCCUCACUGCUCUUACCCUGUAUAUCCAGACAGCUCCUGCAGAGGGGGUCUUGAUUGACAAUGGGGGUUUCCAAGUACUCACGUGUUUCAAGUUCUUGUGUGCUGCACCAUGCCUGUACUUUGCGCCAGAAGCAAUGCCCAGAGUCCAAAAGCUCACGCUAGGCUUCAAUACCAACAGAAUGAAGCCACAUAGCCUUCAAACUUCUGGCUUCCGCCACUUGACAGGCCUUACAGAGGUCUCUGUUAAAUUUGGGUCUCGGGCUGGUGAUAAAUUCGACGGGAAAGCUGCAGAGUCUGCAUUAGAGGCUGCAGUUAGCAAUCAUCCAAACACUCCUAUAAUCAGAGUACAAUGCGCACAUGUGUUUUUUGACGGUGGAGAGGAUAAUAGUACCACGACUGGAGAACAAGAGCACAAACAACAAGAGAUUCCACAAGACAACAAGACCACGGGACAUUCGGAGGUACUUGUGAACAAGGAAUUAGUCAAUAGCAGCAGAUAUGAAAAGUACGGUGUUUUCACUCUGCAGAAGAAUAUCGCACAAUCAGUCGACCUCGUGACGGGGGCCUUCGGCUCCCUGCUCCCCAAGCUGCUCGACCUCCACAAGGACGACCACAGGGUCGAGUCUCUUUACAAGGAGCUCGAGGGUAUGCAAGCUGCCCUCCGUGACGUGGCGAGGCGAGAGCCCACUCAGCAGGAUGAAGUGAUCAUGAUCUGGGCAAAGCAAGUAAGAGACAUCUCGUAUGAAGUGGAGGAUCACAUUGAUUCUUUAACUAGGGGCUCGUCCGGAGUGAAUACCCUCGGCGACGAGUACAUCAAUUACAUCAUGGAAAAGGUCCAGGAUGUGGCCGGCAGACGUGAGAGGUACAAGGCUGAUCACAACAUUGUUGCAGCUAAUUCAAAUGCCUCAGCUAACGUCUACCCUCACUUAUGGAGUCUGUGCCAAGAGUCGGAAGAGAGGUUAAUUGGCAUGGAAGUUCCAGUACAUGAGGUCAUAAGGAAGCUGACAGGAAGCGAUUCAGACUAUGAAAAUCACAGCCUGAAGAUAGUCUCCAUUGUUGGGAUGGCCGGAUCGGGCAAGACAACUCUUGCCAAAGCAGUUGCAAAAGUUGUAUUUUCCUCUAAUUCGGAAUGGGCGAACCUAUACUCGACUCAUAAACACGACUAUUCCUAUCGUGAUUCAGUGGAGACUUUUUUUGUUACCGUAUCUCAGGAUCCCGACAUGAAGAGAGUUCUCACGGACAUCCUACUUCAAAUUGACGAGCUGAAGUACACGAGUCUCAUUGGAGCAUCGUGUGACGCAGAGCUGCUUAUUAAUGCAAUCCGGAGAGGACUUCGGAAAAAGAGGUACUUGAUUGUUAUUGAUGAUAUAUGGGAUGUAAAAUUGUGGAAAAUUUUGAAGUAUGCCAUAGAUAAUGGAGAUGGAGGUAGAGUAAUCCUAACUACUCGGCUUUUGGAAGUGGCUGUCAAUGCCGGUGGUGUUUACAAGCUAAAAGCACUUUCUCAUCCAAUGUCUAAAGAAUUAUUUCAUACAAGAUUGUUUGGUGCUAUUCGUAUUAGACCGGAGCCGGAGAUACCUGAAAAGCUUAUACAGAAAUGUGGUGGUGUACCUUUAGCUGUCAUUACAAUGGCUAGUUUAUUUACGGGGAAACCAUGGAACUAUUUCUCUAAGGUGUACAGAAAUGUUAGUUUUGAGUCUGAGGUUGGAAGCAACAGAGAUGUCAACGACACACGGAAGAGAUUAUUAUCUAGCUAUUAUAAUCUACCUUAUCAUCUGAGGGCAUGCUUAUUGCAUCUACACAUUUUUCCUGAAGACUAUUUAAUCAAGAAAGAAACUUUGAUCUGGAAGUGGGCAGCGGAAGGUUUAAUCAUUGAGGAACCAGGGGCAGGGUUAUUUGAGGUUGGAGAGAGAUACUUCAACGAACUCAUAGAGAGAAACGUGGUCAUACCAGUGGAGGACGGUUCACACUGUGGGAUAAUAAUUGGUUGCCAUGUCCAUUAUCUGGUUUAUGAUAUGAUCUGUUCCUUAUCAACCGCACAAGAUUUUGUCACCGUAGCAGAUGGAAGCAAGCAAUACUCUCCUGCUGAAAGCAAUGCUCGCAGGUUAGCUGUUCAAAAGUGGAACGCGGAGCAGGUCGACCCUCUGGCUAACAAUCGCGACGGAAUGCUGAGGUCAUUUAAUACCAUGGGGUGUUGUUUUAGUAUGGGACUAUCACUUUCAAGGUUUGAACUUCUGCGUGUGAUUGCUAUAGAAGAAUGCACUUUCACUGGAGGCAGGAGUAAUCAUCUUAAGCAUCUGGGGAAGUUACUUCUGUUGAGGUACCUCGGACUAUAUAACACUCGUAUUGAUGAGCUACCAGAAGAAAUAGGGGAUCUAAUUUCUUUGCAGACACUGGACUUGAGGGGGACCACGGUACAACAAUUCCCAGCGAGUGUUGCUCGGCUAAGGCAGCUCAAGUGUCUGCGAGCUGAUAGCAUAACAGCACCGGAUUGGAUGGGCAAUUUUACAUCCCUAGAGGUACUACAGCUGGGCGAGGUCGGCAUGUCAAAAGACUUGGCGACAGUGCUAGGCAAACUGACAGAGCUGAGGGAGCUCAAUAUUCAGAUUGAGAAGUUGGAUGAGAUCAUGAGCAAAGCUUUGGUGCAAUCCUUGGGUAAACUGCAGGAAAUCAGAAUUUUAAAGCUUAGUAUGAGUUUCUUGCCGGGUGAAGAGGCCAAUUGGGAAGGCUUUGUGCCGCUCGAGUACCUCCAUGAUCUGCAUAUGAAGAUUCCAUCCUGUGGACUGCCGGCAUGGAUUAAUCACUCGUUUGUUCCGUAUCUGUCACAUCUGUCUGUGGAAGUGAAGGCUUUUGCGGAGGAGCAGGAUCUGGAGAACCUGGGGAGGUUGCAAGAGCUCCUCAGUUUGGAGCUGCUGAUGCCGUCAAACGUCUUCCUCGGCAUCAAGGGUCACAAUUCGUUCCCCAGUUUGAGGUACUUCGGCACGUCUGCACCAACCAGUUUUCGACCUGGAGUUAUGCGGAGCGUGGAAUCCUUUCGUUUCAAAGCCCAGGAGCCAGACUUGAUGGCUGUCAACUUUGACUUCGGUAGCUUGGGGAACCUCCCUUCUCUUCAGAAAGUGGAAGUUGAAAUCAGCUCCACUAGUGACGUCGAGGCGGUGCGUGAAGCGCUGCAGCUUGCGGUGGACAAACAUCCGAACUAUCCCAGCUAUUAUGUCAUAACACCUGAUCAGGUGGGCACUGCGCACCGAAGACUACUGUAACAUGUUGCCGGCUACAGGGUCACCUCGUCAGUCUUUGAGCUUAGUUCUUGUUUGAAGGGGCAAAAACACCCAACAAUACUCUCAAAAAGGAAAAACAAAUGUCUUUCUGUUGCUUAAUUACUUAUUUUGUAAUGGCUAGUGUGGGGAGUCUGGUUUGCUCUUUGUGUAAUAAGGCUAGUUUGGUGGCGCGCCAGGUUUUUUGUCUCUUAGGUUAUAUUCCCAGCGAAUGUAACUAGAGGGUUUUCCUGGUGUGCAUCGAACUCAGCAGACCUAUUUCCAUUUUCUAUUGUCGUGUUGAAUACUGUCUACAUUCUUGUAAGAAAAAAAAAUCCGUGAUCCUCUAUUC